GUCAGUAACUAUAGUGAGAUGAAUCACUAACAUGGAGAGAGAAAUUCAUCGAAAACGAAAGUUGGAUAACUGGAAGUAAAAUAUCUGUGAAAUGAGUCACCAAGAAGAGUUGGAGAAUAUGAAAUACAGAAACUGGGUGAGAGGUGUACUGGCGUUUAAAUAUUUUAAAGAAGGUAUAAAAGGAUUUGCGGAUGAUGUGGUUGAAAAAGAACACAGGAGAAUUAAUCAGGAUGUCAUAUCCGGCCGCAGCUGUAACCAAUGCAGCAUUAGAAACCUGCGACCAUUGCAUACGUGUACAAAAGAUCAUACCGGCAGAAACAAGUGUCACUGGGGUCAGAACAACUGUAACUGUCUGCAAACAAAGAAACAGCGAUGUCCUGAUAAAGUAUGCGACGUUAUUAUGGAAGAAAUUCUGACAAAUCACGCAUCGACACCGCCUUCACCAAACUGGAAAAAUACAGAUAUACAGAAAUGGUGUUCAGCGCCUUGGGAGAUCGCGAAAUGUUUCAUCAAUGCACCAGGAUAUUCUGACAAGUCUAGGGCAGACGAUAUUGACAUUUCAGGGUUACUUCAUGUUUUCAUCAACAAUAUCAGCUACAAAACACACUUGUCCGACAACAUAAACAAGGGCGAUAUAUUUCAAAAGAUUCUACAAAGAAGAAAUGAAUUAUUUCAUUCACCGACCACGGAAAUGGAAGACACCGAGUUGAAGGCAUGUAUAGGUGAUAUCAUUAAAAUUCUGAAGAAUGAAAAAGAACUGAAAGCAAGACAGGAUGCUAAAUCAGCAGUCGUAAAACUUAAACAGUUAAAGCAAGAGAACUUUAUCAUCACCACACACCACGAGGUCGAUGUUUGCAGAGAAGCUCUUACAUCCAUUACCAACGAAGCAGAAGAACUGAAACAAACGAUUCAAAAUACAAAAGAAAAAAUUGCUAAGAAACAAGCAGAAGCUAUUGAAGCAGUAGGUGAUGAGACAAAAAAAAUUCUGCGAGACAAUUUGGGAGAAUCUGACAAUCAGAAUGAGAAACUAUAUGAAAGAGUUGGACGUCUUGAACGGCGGCUUACAAAACUGGAGGGUAGAGUAGACAAUCUGGAAACAAUACGUCAAAAUCGUAAGAAACAGUUAGACUGCGUUAAAAGAAAACAAGCGCUCCAGAAUGACUUGGUGAAAUUAUAUCAGCAGCAUUAUGUAAAAACAUCUUUUUCACCUCUAAAAUCCCGAGAGAACGACAUCAGCAUAAACGAAGUUUAUGUUUCACCACAAAUGGCAGUAGAAGGACAAACAAUGUCCAAUGAUGGCCAAGACAUUAAAAAAGAAAUACAUGGAUAUCGUGAAAUAUUUCAAACAAAUGGACAAAAACAUAAAGCAAUUUAUAUAGUUGGCGAUGCUGGAACUGGGAAAAGUUCUUUCUGUAAAAUGAUGAUUCAAAACUGGUGCGCUGCUUUUGCAAAUAAUUCAGUCAAUAUUGUUCCUGGCAGCAAGCGUGACAGUUCUACUGAGCCUGAUACCGGAGCUACUUACGAAGAUAUAAACGAGUCAGAUAUACGUGACAGCGAAUGGUCGUCUGUGUCUAUGCCAGAAUCUGAACCAGAUGAUGACUCUCUAUACAUUGCUGAUCAGUCUUCAAAUACAGACGAUGGAAAUAUCAAUGAGAUUAGAAAUUUUGAGUUUCUUUUCUUCGUACCCUUGCAGAAAAUGUCAGGACUAAGCGAUAUAACUGAAAUGAUCAAAGCGAUAGUUACAGACGCCGGUCUUGCGUCAAAUGACGUGAUAGGCGGAAUACUUGAGCGAGAAUCGGAACGUUGUCUAAUCGUUGCCGACGGAUUGGAUGAAUGGACUCUUCCAAAAGAUAAAUGUCGUUUAUCACAUGUCAGUUAUGGUUUACCAAAAAGAGGCAGAGCAAAACAUGCAACGGUCAUUACACUUUCUCGACCAUCAGCUAAAGGAAUACUCAACAUGAAGUCUUCGGAAUGUGACAAAAAAGUAGAAUUAUUAGGAAUUAAUAUCAUAUCAGUUAAAUGUUUCACUGAAAAGUACCUGUCAAAGUCUAACAAUAAAGGUAUAUCUUCAAGGGCAUUCAUGAAGAAAGUCAAAUCGGUGAAACUUAAACAUCUGGAGAAAACCCCUCUGCUUUUGCAGCAAUUGGCAUGGUUGUACUGCAAUGAAAUUGAAUUUGGAAAGUCUAUCAGUGAUACAUACAGUCAUAUCAUCAAUGUUAUGCUUGGCUGGACACAAAACAAAAAAGAGGAAGAAGACGAGGAGGAAGAUCAAAUUGAAGAUACAAACGAGGAUAAAAAUGAGAAGCUCCCUGAAAUGUUACGUACUUUUGACAGAUGUGAGGCGAACAAAAGAUAUCUCCUUCCAUUAGCUAGAGUUGCAUUUAAAGCCAUAACUUCAGAAACGGGGUCAAACACAUUCGGCCGAGAACAACUGCGAAAGAGAGGUGUGUCAAAUAAUUGUAUAACUACACUCAUAAAGAUAGGUAUUCUGGUAGAAGAGAAUUGCUUUAAUCCGAUAAAAAUGGACACUAGGUUAGUAUUCAUUCACAUAUCGUAUCUUGAGUUUUUCGCCGCUAUACAUGUGUCUACUCAGUAUAACAAAGCCCAUGAGCGCUCAGUACAUGAAAAUACUAUUUUGGAAGACCUAUUGCGAAAAUCAACUGCCGAUAUACUACAGUUAUCAAACGUUCUUAAAAUGAUAUGUGGAUUAUCUCCAUACAUAAUAUCAGAACUGUCAAAAAUGAUUUCAGAUAUUGUAUCUAGGGAUGAAAAUAUGAAAACAUAUAGAAGCGCUCUGACAAAGUCUAAGUUGCUCAGUCCAAUCCAAGAACUUAAACAGAUUCAGCAUCUUAUGUUCAACUGUCUAUCCGAGGGAGAUGCGGAUGAUCAAACGAUGUUCAGCCUUUGUGAUGUUAUCAUAGACAGCGUUACACAGAUGUCCUUUCUACAAAGAAUAAUACCGGAGGAUGUGUUAUCUGUCGAAGCCAGAUAUAACUUAAAUAAAGAAGUAUGGAGAUGGAUUGUACAAUUGAAACCAUUUCAAUAUCUGUUUAUUAGUAAUAGUAAUUUACCCCAUAGUGAGCUGGUAUCGUUAUGCUCAUUUAUACAAGAAACACCUCUAAGAUGUCUUACAUUAAACCAGGUAAAAUGCACAGAGUAUGAUUGUGAAGGUCAUGCAAUUAAUUUUUCACAAAAUGAUCAGCUUCAGAUACUUAGACUUGAACACUGUUGCCACGUGAUGAUUCCUGACAUUAACACUAAACAUCUUGAAAUAUUACAUUUGGGUUCAUCCAGUUCAUUAAAUAUUGAUCUUCUGUUAAAUGCAAGCAGUCUGAUUGAACUUAAGUUUGGAUCUCUUUGGGUGCCUAGAUUUACAUACAACAACCAAAUGGAUUCUGUGGUUCAUACUUUACAUCAGUUACGGAAACUCAAAUUAAAGGCGGUAAAUAUUGAUACCAAUGCUCUCACUGUUACACCAGAGAUGAGAAACCUUGGACACAUUGAACUAUUUGGCAUCCAAAUGAGCCUGGAAACAUGGCGUACAUUCGUUGAUAGUCUCCUUACUCUUCAACAAUCUGUAUCUGUAAAGGACCAUGAUUCAAAUUUUGAAAUAGAUCCCUAUAAAAUUAACUAUGUAAGAGAGAAUAAAAUGUUUGAAGUGCUAAAAGAUGGCUGCAAGAAUUUCGAAUUUAGGACAAAAAUAGAAUUGUAACUAACUCAGCAUGUUCAUACCUGGAAAUAUUGAGAACUGAAGUGAAAACGUUACAUUAUUUCUGGCAGAAGAUGAAAACAUUACAUUAUUUCUGUUGGAAAGUGAAAGCAUCACAAUAUUUUUGACCGAAAGUUAGAAACAAAAAUUUGGACAAGAGAUUAUAUAAAUGUAGGUCUACAUAGAUUAUUAAAUUUAAUUUGUUAUAAAAAUAUGAGCACUGUGUUCAGAUACUGUAGAAUCUGGUAAAUAAGCGCAUAUUCGAAUAUAAGCGCAUAUCAAAAGUAAGCGCAUAUGGCCUUGCCGUUAUUCCGUAUGGGAUAAUAAGCGCAUGUCAUGCCCUUACCAUAAUUUUGUCUCGAAAGUAGGCGCAUAUCCGAUUACUGGUAAACAAACAACAGAUCCAGCAAAAAGACGUAAUUAACGGUAUUAUAUACCGUGAUAAUUGUUUAUUAUAAAUACAGGUGACAAGUGUUGUUGCCUGUUGAAUAGCCGAUUGGUAUUAAAAGAUGUUAACGUCUAUUGUCUGAUAAAACGAUAAUUGUUUACGAUAAUCAUGCUUUUUGAAUAGAAAAUGUUUUCAGUAAAUUAAAGUAAAAGUUUGAAUACCAGAAAAGUUGUUUGCGUUGUCAUAACAGUUUGUCAUUCUUUCGUAAAUCUGUGAAAAGAAUAUGGAUAAAAUGCUACAAUCUUAGGUGGCAGGGGAGUGCAGAUUUGCGAAUUCCACAUUGACGAGUGGGUACCAGUGUUGAAAUAUCCAUAGAAAUCUCAUUUUUGCUUAUUUUUCUUUAAAACUGCUAUGGACCAUUGCAGAUACUAUAGACUACAUAAAGACGACUCUCCGGUCCUAUGCACCUGUCGCUUUCCAUGCCAGAUGUAGUGAAAAUUGGCCAAAUCACCCAAAUUUUAUAGACCAAAAUUAGCCUAACCGGGCCUCACUUUGAACUCUGCCAUUCAUCCAUUUUAUAUUUUUAAAUCCAAUUUCGUAGCAUAUAUGUAUAGUACGAACAUAGAUGCAUACCCAGUUGGUGUGGAAUGUGUCUCCCAACCACCACUUUAUUUCCCUAAUUUUCACUUGAAAAAAAGUGGAU